AUGGCCGCACCUACAGACAUUCGGUGCACAUGUAACGUUUGUACCAGAAUUCGUGUCACGAUUGACCAAAUAUUUAGCGUUCUAGAUGUAUACGGCUGGCUCUUGAACUCUUAUGUCGUGGACUUUUUCCAAGACAAGUUAUGGGACAAAUUACCGGAAAGUUGGAGAUUUGCAUUACAAGAUACACCUCCUCAAGAAUUUGGUAAAUGGUUAUCAGGAGACAUCUCCACACGUGUAUGGCCUUUAACAUUGCUUGCACUUCGCCAAGUUGCUAAUAUUUUACAAGUAAAUAGAAAUCAUGAAGACUCAAAGAGUACACUAAUUUGUGAAUUCAGUAAAACAAAAAUAAACAAUAAUAAUAAUGAAACUUUGAAAACUAGUAGAAAUUAUAUUUUCGACAAGCUACAUUAUCAAAAUCACAAGUUUAAUAAUUUGUUUUCAAAGCAUAUAAAGAAAAAAAAGAGAUAUGAGAUACACGAAAUAGCUCAAGUAUGCGCAGGCUGUGCCCACGAAGCUAGUUGCAAAUGUAUUGUUGAUAUUGGAUCUGGAAUGGGUCAUUUAGCUAGAAUCUUAGCAUUUCAAUAUGGAUUAAAUGUUACUUGCAUCGAACAGGAUUGUACAUUAUUGCAACAAGCUAGAAAAUGGGAUCAAGAAUUAUUGAUGUCUAUAAGAAAGCACAUACCUAAUUACCACCAAAAGUGCCCUCAACAUUUUACAGCUAAAUUAGAAUCUUCAAGUUUAGUCGAAUCAGAAUUAACUAGUCAAUUAACAGAAUUAUUUCAGAAUGAGUUUGACUUAAGUGAGACAGAAACUGAAUUUGGUCUUAUAGGACUUCAUCCUUGUGGAGAUUUAGCUCCUAUAUUACUCAAGCUUUACUCAUCUAGAAGUGAAGCCAAAUUUAUCUGUAUUGUAGGAUGUUGUUAUAUGAAACUAACGAUACAAUCAGAUAUAAGUGGAUCGAAGGGUUAUCCACUUAGCAAGUACCUGUUAGCAUGUAAAAAUCACUCGUUAACAUAUACAGCAUUAGAAGUAGCUUGUCAUGCUAUUGAAAAAUAUUGUGACAAAUUAAAGAACGGAAAUUAUGAAGAUUUAAUAGUACACACAUAUAGAGCAGCUUUAGAAACUAUUUUAGUAAAGAAAAAUGAAAAAUUACGUCACAGUCAAUUCAGAAAUGUCAAAGUCACAAAAGGGAUGACGUUUGAACAGUAUUGCCGUGCAGCUACUGCAAAUUUUGACGCUUAUUUGCAGCCGCAGGACUCUGAUAUUAACAAUUUAGAAAUAAUUAACUUAUUAAAUCGAUGGGAACAAGUGAUAGUGUUUGGAUCGCUUCGAAUGAUGUUGGCACCUUUAGUGGAGACCAUUGUGCUUUAUGACAGAUUUUUAUUUCUGUCUGAAAGAAAUUUGACACCAACACUAAAACCAGUGUUCGAUAGCAGACUCUCACCACGAAAUUUAGUGUUAAUGUCUAGGAAAAAUAACUAAUCCGUUUACAGUUUUGAAUUAUUUUCCGAUAAAACCUACCUAGAAUUUUCCCUCUUCGAUCACUCUAAGUGUUAUUGCGAUCGCACUUCCCGCGUCCACGAAUC